AAUGUCAUUCAUUUUGUUUAAUACAUAUCUAGUAUAUAUAUUUGAAUUUACGAAAAGCUCUAUCAUUCUAGAUAAAAUCUAGGACUACAUUGUACUAAAAUUCAAAAUCAAUAAUUAUUGCGUCAUAAUCAAAUCAUCGUAAUGAAAAUAAAAAGUGUAUAUUUGUUAAUGUGUAUUAAGUUCUUAUUAGUGCUAUCAACGAUCGCAGAUAAGAAAGAAAUAGUAGUGAAAUUUGAAAAAGCACCAUUUAAAAUUGAUCCAUUUACAAAUGCCCUGCUUAAAAUACAAUCAUAUGAAAAUUUAUGUAGAAAAUUGUUUUUAAAUCGUCAAGAAAAUCAUGACAAAUUUCUUCAACGUUUUGACGAAGAAGAUAAUUAUUAUAAUAAAUUGAUAAUUAUUAUAGACUUUAUUGAGCAUCUAGUAAAAGACAUUGAAAACAGUGUAACAUUAUUAGAUAAUACGAAAUCUUAUUUUAUGAAAAGCAAUGGAAGUCUAGCACGGGGAAAUUCUAUUUUAGAAACCUUAUAUCUGGUAUCGAAGCAAAUUUCAAUUUUUGAAAAGUUUAUUCGUGAUCUCUCAAAUGUAGAAACACGAGAUGCGCUAUUUCCGGACAAAUUGAAUGAAAUGAUUGUAUUACCUUUGCUAUAUACUAAUUUAAUGAAAGAUACGGUGGAUGAAAAUAUUAUUGAUACUCUCGUUUCAAUUAAAAACAGAUUAAUAGAAACAAGAUUUACAAUGCAAUUAAAUAAACUAAAUGUGGAUCGGAAUACAAUGAAGAGUGAAUUAUGAAGAUUUUGGUGAUAAUUGAAA